AUGAAGAAUUUUAUUUUUGUGUUCAGUUUAUUUGCAAUUUUUCUUACUGUAAAUGCAGUUCCAUUUAAACUUAAUAAAAGAGCUACCAGCUUCAACGCUUGUCCUCCACAAAGUGGUGUUACUUUUGACCCACUUACUGUAACAAUAUCACCUGACCCUCCUGUUGAAGGUCAAUCCAUUAAAUUUGAUGUGAACGGAACAUUAACAACACAUGAUAUCACCGCAGAAAAAACUGUUCUUGCAGCUGUUUUUGCAAGUUUAGAUAAAACACCUAUAAGUAAUUCCUCUCAACCAUUCGACAAGUCAUUUCCACAUGGAACCCCAUUUUCGAAAACUUUAUCGGAUGUUUCUCCUGCUGAUUUACCUAAUCCAUAUGCUAUUGUAGUUAUUGUUGGAGAUCCAACCGGUGAUCCAGAGAAUCCAGUAACUGUUUAUGGCU